CAUUUCCUGUCCAUCUCCCACUUUUCUCCAAAAAGCCAGAUCCCCCCACCCCUUCCUCCAUCUCAUCUUAAUCUCAUCUUCUUCUUCUCUCUCUCUCUCUCUCUGUUAAGUGCCUCUCACCUGCCUCUCUUCCUUUCUCUCUCUGACAUAUCUGUUGAAACGACCAUGUCUUAUCUCCGACGGUUUCAAGCUUUCCCGGAGAAACCUUGUUGGUUUCCUUAGCUUUAGGGUUUGUCUUCUUUGGAGUUAGGGUUUCUCUUCGUCCAUCUCUCUCUCUCUGUUUCUUAGAUCAGGUCAGAUCAUCUCGUUCAAUCUCUCUUUCUCUCUCCCUUACCAUGUCUUCUCUCCGACCAGAUCUCAAGGGUCGAAUAUGGCCAGAACCAGAGCGAGAGCCGGGGUUGGACACAGAAUCCGAAGUAGAGAUCGAUCACUUCGAUAGGUUACCAGAUUCUCUGUUACUUAUAGUCUUCAACAAGAUCGGUGACGUUAAAGCUUUGGGUCGUUGCUGCGUCGUCUCUCGCAGGUUCCAUGACUUGGUUCCUCAGGUGGAUAACGUUGUGGUGAGAGUUGAUUGCGUUAUCUCCGACGAUGAUUCCUCUUCCGGUGCCGCCACCGCUGAUAAGAACCGAGGUGCGUUUUCGAACUUUGUUCGUUUUGUGUUCGGUGGAAUUGUGAAGCCUCUGCAAGCGCUUGGACAAUUCCUUGGACCCAAGAAGAAUUUGUCAACUUCUACAGCGUCGUCUUCCGGAUUUGGUGGUGGUAGUGGUGCUGGUCUUGGGGGAGGUGAAGAGGACGAUACGGAGGCCAGUGGAGUCACACACCACUCACCCACGCAGGUCCUUAAGAACUUCAAUGAGAUCCGCCGGCUACGGAUUGAGCUCCCAAGCGGAGAAUUAGGGAUCGAUUCUGGUGUUUUACUCAGAUGGAGAGCCGACUUUGGAUCAACCCUUGAUAACUGUGCGAUCCUUGGUGCCUCCUCUGUUCUCUCCCCUGGUACCGCUAAAUCAGACACCGGUGGUGGUGAUGCUUUGUAUGUUGGCGGCAAUGGAGAUGACAAUGGGAACAUACCUGAAUCGUUUUAUACCAACGGGGGUCUGAAAUUGAGAGUCGUUUGGACGAUUAGCUCUCUGAUUGCAGCUUCUGCAAGGCAUUACUUGCUCCAGCCGAUAAUUGCGGAGCAUCGCACCCUCGACAGCCUUGUUCUCGCAGAUGCUGAUGGGCAAGGUGUGCUGUGUAUGAGCAGAGAGCAAUUGGAGGAGCUUAGGGUGAAACCCUUGUCUGCUUCUACCGCUUCGAGGCGAACUCUGGUGCCUGCACUCAACAUGAGGCUGUGGUAUGCUCCGCACUUGGAGCUGCCCAAUGGGGUUGUGCUGAAGGGGGCGACACUGGUUGCCAUUCGGCCGAGUGAGCAACCAGCGUCGACAAAGAAGGACAGCUCUGAUUGUUCUUGGGUUUCAGCAGCUUUUGAAGAGCCAUAUGGGACGGCCGCGAAGCUUCUGGUGAAGAGACGAACUUACUGCCUUGAGAUGAACUCCUUCUGAGGCUAUGGGAAGUUGAGGGUAACGCGAGAGGUGCUUUGAGGAAGUGAUGGGAGAUGCAGAGUAUUUUGUGAGGCAGAAAUAACUUAUCAUUCACGGAGAGAUGAGAUUAGGGGAAACGUUGGGUGCUCAUCUGAGAUCUUUGGUUCCUCUUUCUGUCCAAGUGAGAGAAUCCCCGGAUGGUGCUAUGUUCAGUAGAGGGAUCGUUUGCUUAUGUGUGGUUGAACCGAAAGAAAUGCAUCUGCUUUUUGUUUUUGUUGUGGGCAUAUGUUUGUUACAGAGUUCACACAUUCAAUCCAACUCAAUCUAAGAGUGAUGUUGUUAGAGCUUUAAAAAGUUGUUAGUCAGUCCCAACUUCAAAUGAAAAUUUCAUUGUAAAUGUGAAUAUUGUAGGUAACAUAUGUUUUUGCUCUUGUGAA